AUCCCUGAUGAGUUUGACGAUGAUCCUCCAGUUGUACAGCAGGUUAGAAGGACAUACAAAUACUUCAAGGACUAUCGUCAGAUGAUCAUAGAACCCACAAGUCCCAAAUUGCUGCCGGAUCCCCUGAAAGAGCCGUAUUACCAGCCGCCCUACACGCUGGUCCUGGAGCUGAAGAACGUCCUGCUGCAUCCGGAGUGGUCGUUAGAAACAGGAUGGAGAUUCAAGAAGCGGGCCGGCAUCGACAACCUGUUCCAGCAACUGGUGCCAUUAUAUGAAAUUGUCAUAUUUACCUCUGAAACUGGCAUGACUGCAUUCCCCCUCAUCGACAGCUUAGACCCUCAUGGCUUUGUAUCAUACAGACUAUUCCGAGACGCCACGCGGUAUUCAGACGGACACCAUGUCAAGGACAUCUCGUGUCUGAACAGGGACCCCUCACGUGUAGUAAUUGUAGAUUGGAACAGAGACGCCUUUAAACUACAACCAUACAAUGGGCUCGCCAUGAAGCCGUGGGACGGAAACUCCGACGACCGGGCGCUCUACGACCUCGCUUCCUUUUUGAAGACCAUCGCCACCAGUGGUGUAAGUGACGUCCGCACGGUCCUCGAGAAUUAUUCCCUGGAGGAAGAUCCCUUAGAAGCAUUUAAACGUCGACAGACCCAGCUGGAGCAGGAGGAACAGCAGAGAUUAGCAGAACUCUCCCAGCUCAGUAAAAGACAGUCCAUGUCAUUAGGUUCUAUCGCCGGGCGGUUUUGGCCUCGCUCUAAACAGCAGUGACCUCAACAGCACCCCCUACUGGCUACGCAAGAGGAAGACUGACUGAAGUAUGAGCUGCUCCCCCCCCCGCCGCCAUCCCUGUGUAUAUAUAGAGGGGAUAUAGUCGUGUUUGCAUCAUGUGAAUAUAAGAAUAAACUUUUUUGUAGACUUAAUUCUGUCAUAUUCAUCAUUCCAGUCCACCCCUCUGUGUAUUGUACCCGGCGCUGUGUGCGCCAAAUAUUCACAUGGCUGCAUCUCUCAAUAUCUGUGGUGCUAUAUACGGUACAUACAGAUGUCCAGUGGGGUACACCCGGAUUGUAGUGGUUAAUACCCGCCAAACAUUGUCAGUGGAAGGACAACCUAAGCAUGGCUGCCCAAGAUUUAUUGUUAUUUAUUAUUACUAUUAAUAUUAUUUAUUAAUAAUAAUAAAAAUAUAAAUAAUAAAAAUAUUAAUAAUAAUAAAAUAAUAAUAUUGAUGUGUGGUGUGGCCUCCGUGGAUCAAACACACCUUACUGGACUUAAAGGGUUUAUCCAAGAUUAGAAAAACUUGGAUCCAAGUUGUAAUAUCCCACACAACCUGUUGACCAGUGUGAUGAGGUUUUUGGAAGAAAUUAGCUCUGUGUUUUUUUCUGUUUUGAAAUAAUAAAACAUCAUUUAUUGGGAUUUAUGACAACGCGUUUUGAGGGUAUUGCAGCCCUCUUCAUCAGGUCCUAUAUAUCGUUGUCCCAUGAAUUCUUAUAAAUUGUUUUGUUAUAUCAAAACAUCCGGUCCGGUACAUGGUUCUUUCUCUUGGAUACGUGGAUGAGCGCCAAGCGAAGCAUCCCUUUCUUCACAUGGUUGGAUUGCAUCCUCUCAUAUGACCCUAUAUAACAUGUAGACAACAGGAACCUAUCUUAGAUCUUAUAACACUCAUCCUCUAUCCGCAGGAUCGUGAGGGGUCCGAACGCUAGGACCCCCCUGCGAUCUCCUGUACGGGGGCCGCGGCUAUCCCUUGCAGGAGGCGUGUCGGCCGCAGCAUGACGCCAUGGCUGAAACACCCCCUCCAUGUAUCUCUAUGGGAGAGGCGGAGAUGCAGCGUUCGUGCCUCCCCGCCUGUCCCAUAGAGCUGUAUUUGGGGGGGACGUGUCGUCUACCUCGGUGAUGUCAAUGACACACACAUUAGCUGUGCAUAGCCGUGGCAAUGCCUGGACCCAGUACAGGAGAUCGCGGGGGUUCCCAGCGUUCGGACCCACCACGAUCAGACACUUAUACCCCAUGCUCCAGAUAGGGGAUAAGUGUUCUACACCACAGAUCUCCUUUAACCGUAAUUUAUCUUUUCUCCAGUCUGAAGGCAACACAGCAAAGGGACCUCCCACCUAGAACAUUAACCCCUAAGGACAUCGGACGUAAAUGUAUGGCCUGGUGCCCUGGAACCUAAUGCACCAAGACGUACAUUUUAUGUCCCGAGCAGCAUUCAGACUAUAAAGCGAGCACAGGAGCUGCGCUUGCUUCAUAGACUGUAAGUGACGCUUCUAUCAGCAGUUUUGCGCUUACAGUCAAUUAAACAGAGCAGCAAUCUCGCCAUUCUGUCAUUAACCCUUUAAAUGCCCUGAUUAAUAACCCCUUUAGUGCCGUGAUAUUGCAGCAAUGACAAUCACCCCUACCAAUCGGCACCCCUGCAACGUGUAUGCGGGGGUCCGAUCGGUUUACAGAUUAUCUUUAGUAUAAAUUUCUGCUUUCCUCUUUCUUCAUCUUACCGCAGCACUGCUUAUGAAUUUUAGGCGAGGGAUGUUGAAUUUGAGCAGCAUUUAAAGAGUAGCUGUCAUGAAAAUAAGUUUUUGUAUGUUGCAGAGUAAGCUAUUACUAACAAGUUCCUAAUUGUUAAAAAUAUAUAUAUAUAUAUAUU